UAAAUUGAGCAACUUUUUGCAACAAAUUGACCUGCCUCUAGCAAUUUCGCCUGAAAAUUAGUUGGCAGCACUGCACGCAUGCUGGUGAUAAGCGAGUUUUAGUUAUGGACGAAUUUAGUAAGUAUCGUUCGCCGCUGGUGUCUCGAUAUGCCAGCAAGGAAAUGGCCUACAACUUCAGUGACAGGAAGAAAUUCACAACGUGGAGAAAACUGUGGAUCUACCUGGCCAAAGCGGAAAAGGCUCUUGGCCUGCUCGUCACCGACGCCCAGGUGACCGAGAUGGAGAGCCACGCUGAGGACAUCGACUUUGCCAUGGCGGCGGAGGAGGAGAGCAAGCUGAGGCACGAUGUCAUGGCCCACGUCCACACUUUCGCCCACUGCUGCCCCACCGCUGCUCCCAUCAUCCACCUGGGCGCCACUUCCUGUUACGUGGGAGACAACACGGAUUUGAUCCUGCUUCGUGACGGUUUUGACAUUCUCCUGCCGAAGUUGGCCAGAGUGAUCGACAGAGUGUCAAACUUUGCUGAAAAAUACGCUGGUCUCCCCACCCUGGGUUUCACACAUUACCAGCCGGCCCAGUUGACCACAGUGGGUAAGAGAGCAUGUCUGUGGCUCCAGGACCUGGCCAUGGACAUGCGGAACCUUCAGCGUGCCCGCGAAGACCUGCGUUUCCGGGGGGUGAAGGGUACUACAGGCACCCAGGCCAGCUUCCUGCAGCUCUUCCAGGGGGACCAUGAUAAGGUGGAGGAUCUGGACAGAAUGGUCACAGAGAUGGCAGGCUUCAAAAAGGCCUACAUGGUGACCGGACAGACGUACAGUCGUAAGGUGGACAUUGACUCCCUCUCUCACCUGGCCAGUAUGGGAGCCACCAUCCACAAGAUCUGCACUGACAUCCGCCUGCUGGCUAACCUUAAAGAGAUAGAGGAGCCUUUUGAGAAGGAGCAGAUCGGCUCCAGUGCCAUGGCCUACAAGAGGAACCCAAUGCGUUGUGAGCGUUGCUGUAGUCUGGCCCGCCACCUGAUAGCGCUGCUCGCUGAUCCCCUCCAGACCGCCUCUGUCCAGUGGCUGGAAAGAACACUAGAUGACAGUGCCAACAGGAGAAUCUCUCUCCCUGAGUCUUUCCUUACUGCUGACAUCAUCCUCAGCACCCUGCAGAACAUCACUGAAGGUCUGGUGGUCUACCCCAAGGUGAUCGAGAGACACAUCCGUCAUGAGCUUCCCUUCAUGGCUACAGAGAACAUCAUCAUGGCUAUGGUGAAGGCUGGAGGCAACAGACAGGACUGCCAUGAGAAGAUCCGUGUGUUGUCCCAGCAGGCUGCAAACGUGGUGAAACAGGAGGGGGGGGACAAUGACCUCUUGGCCAGGGUCCAGGCUGACCCCUACUUCGCCCCUAUCCUGGGCCAUCUUGACAACAUCCUGGACCCCAAGACCUUCAUCGGCCGCGCCCCCCAACAGGUGGCGAGGUUUCUCUCUGAGGAGGUACGCCCUCUGUUGGAACCUUACAAGGCCGAGAUUGACGUCAAAUUUGAGCUGGAGCUCUAAAACAGGGGACACUGACCUAAGAAACGACUAAUUUAACACCAACUUAGUUUUAACCAAUUCUGAAAUUAUUAUAUUAUUUUGUGUGGCCUUUUCACUAAAACACAUACUCUUACACACCAAAAUAAACCUCAUGACUGACUAAUUGCAUGCUGUAUUGUAAGACAAUAAAAGACUGAAAUCAAAAGUCGGUGAGUUUGUAAUGAUAUAAUGCUUAACUAGCAGGGUUACAACGUAUACAUACAGUUGAAGUCGGAAGUUUACAUACACCUUAGCCAAAUACAUUCAACUCAGUUUUUCACAAUUACUGACAUCUAAUCCUAGUAAAAAAUGUAAUCAUAGGUUAUUUUCAUGAGGCAUGGCCUAUUGGGGGCGUGGCUUUCAAAUAAUGAUUUUUGGCCACCUGUAAGAGUAAAGGUCAUUCCUGUUAAUCAUGUUAAGUUUGUACACUGCUAAUUUCUUUGCACAUUACAUAUUUGAAUAUAACAUUUAUAACAUUAUUAUAUACAUAUCCCAACAUUGAGAUAUCCCAUAUUUUAGCAUAAGCUCUUGCGGAACUCACAUACUUGUGUAAGCAUCAUUAAAGCUAUAAAAGUGUCUGUGUUUAACCUUAACAUGUGAUAACAAUACAACAGAACACAUGAACCAGAAUGACAUGUACUCUCACGGGUGGCCAAAAAUAACUAUCUGAAAGCCAUGCCCCUACAAAGCCACGACUCCAGUCUUUUGAGCUGACCCGCUGGGUCAUAUCUCAAUAACCCAGCAUCAAUAACCCAGCAGUUUCUUUUUAAAGAAAACAACCCAACUAAGUGGCCCAAUGGCUGCAACCCAAUAGUUGGGUCGAACAACCCAGCAUUUUGUUGUACACGCACAAACAACUUUUGUAUUACUGUUAUUUAUUUACUUAUUGAAUAUUAUGUUAUGAAAGUAUUGAAAAAAUGCAUAAAGUUAUAUAAAAAAAUGUUUCACAAUUCUAAUUGUCUUGUACUGUUAUUCAGUCAAGCGGAUUUAAGAUUUUCUCCCCUUUGGUUUUAUUUUUGUACCAACAGAUAUUAUUUCAAUGGCACAUCAAGACAUGGAAACAUAUCUAGAGUAUUUAUCUAGAGGAAGAGGAAUGAACUGAUUAUUGCCAUGGAAAUUGAAAUCAACUUCAAUAUGAUGUGUUACAGGAACUGAUACUUCAAAAAAGUUUUUUUGUAUGUCAUGAGGGUUUACAUAAGUGUCUGAGGGUUUACAUAACU